GUGCGCUGUGUCCCUUGGACACAGUGGAUCACCGAUCCAUGGAAAGACCCGAAGAAGUCGGCUCGGUCAUGUGAUCAGCUGUGUCCAAUCACAGCUGAUCACAUGGCCCUAAUGAUCAGUGUGGCCCCAGAAGUGCCACUUGUCAGUGUCCAUCAGUGCCAGCUGUCAGUGCUGAACAGUGCCAUGUGCCAGUGCCCAUCAGUGCCACAUCAAUGCCACAUAUCAGUGCCCAUCUUUGCUGCCUUUCAGUGUCACCCAUCAGUGCCAGUUAGUGCCACCUAUCAAUGCCUAUCAGUGCUGCCAAUCAGAGCCACCUAUCAGUGCCAGCCAGUGCCGCCUAUCAGUGUGCAUCAGUGCUGCCUAUCAGUGUCCGUCAGUGCUGCCUAUCAGGGCCAGUCAGUGCCGCCUAACAGUGCCAGUCAGUGCCACCUAACA